AUGCCAGCCAAGCACGCCUUCGUGGCGCUGCAGGACCGCUUCGUGAGCUCACUGGUGAUUGCCUGCUGCCCCACCAUGGACUUAGUGGCCGUAUUGACACUCGACCACCAUCUCCUCGUUCAUCGCACAACGUCAUGGCAGAAACUGCUGCACGUCAAACCAUCAGACGUCGGACUGGAAAUGGUGACACUGGCGUGGAAACCUGACGGUCUUCAACUCGCAGUUGGCUGUGACGAAGGAGAUGUGGCAAUUUUUGAGAUCGAAUCGGGAGAAAUAAUACCGGAAAGACGGAGCAAUUUACGUCACGAAAUCUGCAUCACCGCGAUGCACUGGGCCCAGCUUAGCGAGGUAGGAGCUUCAGUGUGUACUUCUAACAACAAACGACGGCGUCAUAAGCGCUACGGGGCAUUGGGUGAACAUUGGAAUGCUCCAGGUUUGAUUUCCCAGUCGAAACUUCAGUUUCAGCAUCGGUCAAGUAGAUUUUUAAGAGGUUUCAAAGAAGAAGGCCUCGUUGAUGACUCGGUGCUACUUACUGGCGAUGAACGAGGAUUUAUCGCACUGUGGUGGAUGGGAAGAGUGUUGCUGACUCGUAUUGACGUGAGUAAACAUUUUACGGAGGAAGAGUUUGAGACGAUGGAGUCGAUGGGCUAUGAACGUGGCGAUACCAGUGGCUUCCGGAUUGAGCGAGCAGACCUUGCGCCGGAUUUUUCUCUUCUUUUCGUUCUGGUUGUGCAUCGGCUACUGACUUUGGAUAUGACAACUGUUCAGUACAUCCAUGAGGACGUGACUUUGGUGGCGAACACUAUCGACCGCGCACACGAGAUACUUGAUCGGAUUGCUACAACUGGCAGACAAAUGACGACGGAAUGGAAGAAUGCUACUCGUAUUUUUGAACUGAAGAUGGGACUCAUCGGGUCACUGUACGAGAAGUACGCGUGCGAGGAUCCACCGCAAGUAGACAUGCUGUCGGUGGUAGUGACUGGCAUUACAGCACCUGCGUUGGCCCAGUACUUUGCUCAAGAUAUCGAGGAAAUGGUACGUUCAUUCUCUAUGAGCGUACAUCGCAUGCAGAAGGCCUUGUUCAGUGGAUGCGACACGCUUCGAGCACUCGUUGACGAAAAACUGAAGCCAGACUUGGUCAGCUUUUUAUUUCUCGUGUCGGAGUUACGUGGCCAUGUCAAGUGGAAUCCCCAGACUUACUCAAAGACAAUGGGGAUCACAGUAGCGGUCCUCGACGAGCUUGUCAAAACAACGCAAGAUACUCUCGUGGCUAUGGAGACACUUACGUUGGCGCUACACGAGACUCGUCAGGACUUUUCGUUAUUUUUCCAGUGGAUCCUCGAACGUAUACGCAUUCAUUCGAACUCAUCUCGAUCUGGAGGGGCAAUCGGUCGGGACGCCGGUGACGCUAAAGGCACAAAGUCGCUUCUGAACUUGCGAAGACUAUGCGAUUUCUUACAGCACGCAGCAGAAGUUGCCAAGCAGUUCAAAAAGCAGCAACCGGGCCACAAUAUUUACCGAGUUGAGACUACUUUCGGGAAUCCAGUGUCGCAUCAACUUACUAUGGGGCCAGGUUUGUUGAAUGAGAGCUCGAAGAAUCAGUCGGAAGGCUGUCUUGAUCUCAUUAAGAGCCUGCAAGAAAGGUGGACGGCCAUACUCGACGCAGUAGGUGGAACGCUGGCACAGUCCAUUGGGCGUAAAGAAAGUGGGUGUUUCACUGUCGGCGAUAGCGUGGAGGAGCGGUUGAUUGGGAUGCCUUGA